AUGUUUUAUGUAGUAAAAGGACUCAAAACUAAAUUGUCAAUAGAGCCAAACUAUUUAGAUCAAUUAAAAGAUUAGAAGUUCAUUUUAGAAUAAAUAGUAUAGAAAUUAGAAGGGAAGUACUUCAAUGAUGUUGGGUACAUCAUUUGUAUAACUAAAUGCAUGAAUUACAAUUAAAAUUAGGAUGAUUAAAUUGAUGCAUUAAUUGAAGAGGAUGGAACCGUCAAAGUGGUGGUAUAAAUUCAUUCCAUAUCAGAUUAAAUUCGAAGCCAUAGUAUUUAAAGUGCAGGAAAAGGAAAUAGUCGAUGUUGAAGUGAUCAAAUGUGAAGCCUAAGCAGUCUAUGCAAAAUUGGGGCCAAUUGAAUUUAUCAUUCCAAGGGAUAAAUUGCCUACUAAUUUCACCUUUUCUAAUGUAUAUGUAUCAUUUUGAACUCAGGAAUCCUAUAAAGAUUAAGAUGAAGAAGUGAUUAAAUAAGGUACUAAAUUAAGAGUCCAAGUUCAAAAAACACAUUAUAAACAAGGCAAAUUAAGAGCAUUUGCUCAUCUCACGGGUGACAAUUUAGACAAUAUUUGUGGUAUACUAAGUGAUGAUCUGAAGUUAUGA